UUCAAAAAGAGAUGAGACUAAACUAAAAUGAAAACCAUUCUAUAUUUCCUUCUCCUGGUGUCAAUGGCUGCAGCCCAGGACGAUUUAACAGAAAGUUCCACUCAGUCCAGCUCGUCCAGUAGAAAGAAGAAUGUGAAACUAAAGGAUGAUAAAACGACAAAGGAAAAGAAACUGCUGAGAAAAGCAGAAAAAGACAAAUCUCCGAGUCAAGACUCUGAAGUGGCAGAUGAGCGUCCGGCAAAGACAAGGUUAAGAGAAUUCUUGUUGGACGGAUAUGAUAAAAAUAUUCAUCCUGUUCCGGAUCACACUGAUAAAGUUAAGGUAAACCUUGGAAUGGCUCUGAUCCAUCUGGACCUAGAUGAAAAGAAAUCCGUCCUGGAGGUUGAUGCUUGGUUGAGAAUGUCCUGGAUUGAUCAUUAUCUCAAGUGGAACACUUCUCAGUUUAAUGGGGUUCAGCAAAUACACUUUGGUAUGGAUGAGAUCUGGAAACCUGAUAUCUACCUUUACAACAACGCUGACGGUGGGACAACAAGUAGCUUUGGGAAUACACAUUUUCUAGUUCACAGCUCAGGGGAGAUAAUUUGGGUACCUCCAGUCAAAUAUAGAGCUUUCUGUAAGGAGUGGGAGGUGCUGACCUCUACAGCGACUAGAAGCCAAACUAAAUAUGACUGCUGUCCUGAGAUGUAUCCUGAUGUGACAUUUCAGUUUUUCCUACAGAGACAUUCUCCGUUCUACAGGUGUGUUAUAAUACUGCCCUGUAUGGUGAUAAUGUUAAUAGUGGUCGCAUCCUUCCUGCUCCCACCAUCAGCUGGAGAGAAGAUUAUAGUUAACUCAUCCUGUCUUAUAGUUUGUGUCCUGUACCUGUUAUAUUUCUCCUCUACUCUACCAGCGCUUUCAGAUCAAAUACCUCUCAUUGUACUCUUCUACAGUAACACUGCAGCGCUGGUUGGUAUAGCGAUAGUACUGAAUAUUGUCUGUAUAACAAUAAUUACUCCAGUCCUCCUUUUUCUAAAUAUUCUCCUGGUACCUAGAUUGUCCUGGUAUCUAGGUACUCCAGUCCUUAUUUCUCUAACUAUUGUCCUGGUAUCUAGGUACUCCAGUCCUUAUUUAUCUAACUAUUGCCUUGUAUCUAGGUACUCCAGUCCUCCUGCUUGUGUGAGAGAAUUCUUCUCUGGGUUUGCAGGACGAAUUCUGUGUCUAGGACAUUAUUAUCAUCAGGUCUCACAUACUCACCAAAGGCUGUUUGUAGAGAUGGAUUCAGUUAAUGAGUCUGCAGAGAGUGAUCAACCUCAAUCAACAGGUGUUGAGGGUAGGAAGCAGAAUGAAUGGUUACUUGUUGCUGCUGGGAUAGAACGAUUCUUCUUUCUAGUUUAUACAUUAGCAUUCGCCAUUGUUUCAAGCUCAUAUAUUUAAUUCAAUCCGGUCUUAUUAAUAUAUCUAUUCAUUUCA